GUCUCGCGAUGGAAGGAGGAGGAGGUAUACUCCCAGAAAAACUUAAAGAAGAAAGUCAGUCAGGGUAUGUUCUACCUACAAGUCGUGAAGCCGGUGGUUUGAAGAAGAGCAGCUGGGGCUUCUUACUUACUGGGAUUGCUGGUGGGACGCUGGUGGCUGUGUAUGCCGUGGCCACUCCAUUUCUAACACCAGCCCUCCGAAAAGUUUGCUUGCCUUUUGUGCCUGCAACUACAAAGCAGAUCGAAAAUGUCGUGACAAUGUUGCGAAGCAGAAGAGGACCUGUGGUGGACAUUGGUAGUGGUGACGGUCGGAUUGUGAUAGCAGCUGCAAAGGAAGGAUUCACAGCUGUUGGCUAUGAAUUAAACCCAUGGCUAGUUUGGUACUCCAGAUACCGUGCUUGGCGAGAAGGGGUACAGCAUUUGGCCAAAUUUUAUAUUUCAGAUUUGUGGAAGGUUACUUUUUCACAGUACUCAAAUGUUGUAAUUUUUGGGGUGCCUCAGAUGAUGCCGCAGUUGGAGAAGAAACUUGAGCUUGAACUUGAGGACGACGCUAGAGUCAUUGCUUGCCGGUUCCCUUUUCCGCACUGGAUCCCGGACCAGGUCACCGGAGAGGGGAUAGACACUGUGUGGGCUUACAACAUGAGCACUUUCAGAGGGAGUGAAAAGAGGCCCUGAAGGUCCAUGUAUUUCCCGUCAGUCAUUCGAAUAUAAAAUUUAU